AUGAAGUACCUUGGCCUCACCCUGGAUGGACUCUGGAAGUUUACUCAGCAUUUCGAUGCUGUCGCUCCCAGAGUGGACAGGAUGGCGAACGCUUUGUGCCGCCUCCUGCCCAAUCUCGGCGGUCCGGGUGCCAAAGUGAGGCACCUAUACGCGAACACCGUCCGGUCGGUGUCCCUUUACGGGGCACCGAUUUGGGCAGAGGACUUGAUGGCCAAUAAACGCGUCAUGGCCUUGGUCAGGAAGGCGGACAGGCGCAUGGCCAUCAGAGUCGCCCGGUGUUACCGGACGGUGUCGUACGUGGCGGCCACGACCCUGGCGGGGGUGCUUCCGUUCGACCUAGUCGCUGCUUCGCGUGCCGAAGCAUAUCGGUGCGCGAUUGAGGUCGGACGGAGCGGUAUUGCCCCCGAAAAUAUCCCCAGGAAAGUGGAGAGAGAAGGCCAGGGCCCGGAGGUGGGCGCUCAAGGAGUGGAGACACCAACUGGGCGAACACACUACUCCGGGUCUUCCUGGAAUUAG